AUGAACGGUGCAGUCAAGAUCAUAAUAGUCCUGUUCGUUACCCACGAGACAUGUCGUACUGUAUAUUCAUCUAAUCCGGACAACACUACAAAAUGUUUCGAGCAAAUGAAGAAGGAGAAAAUAUUAGCCAUAAAGGAUCGUCUUUCAGAAGCAUUAGCUUUGAAAAAUUUCGACACACUGCGUGUUUCAAAGACAGUGAAAUCAAAGUUUUUAUCAAUUAUUCAUGGAGUGGAAAAGCAUGAACGUCAUCUUCGAGGAGUUGAAGAGGAAGUGGAGAAGACAUUUGUAUUCGCUGUUGAUCCUUCUCGAGGAGGGGACCACGGGUCAUCAUUGGUGGCACAUUUUCCAGUAUCAGAGCAGACGAAACAGAGGACGAUCGCUAAAGUAGGUGAUGAACCAGCAGUAAAAGCUGUACAUAUCCACAAACCUAUGAGGAUUUCAAUCCAGUUGAAGCCGGAUGAUCUGCAGCGGUGGUGGACAGAAGAUUCCGUUAUGGGGUUGUUUGUGGAAGCAUUUGUGGACGGUUAUAAUAUUGCGAUUCAUCCGCAAACCAUAAGUGACCCAUCUGAGGUGGAUUUUGUGGAAUUCGGUUGGGAUUUCAUUCUUGCUCCACAAAGGUACAAUGCUCAUAUUUGCCGUGGAGAGUGCACAAAAAAAGAGAAGAGGCGAACUACUUGGUUGGAUGUAGAGCGAUUUCAAACCGUCGAUCGGAUAAUCGCAGUCGAAGCUCUUACCGACUUCUCCACAUCUCCAAACGGUUAUUAUUGA